AGAUUUUGGCUACGUCUGGAACGGGUCCGCUGUUGGAAAAAUAGACAGAGUCUAGUUGGAUUGUCGUGGUCGUGUACAGCUAAACAGAAUAACCGAAUAUCCGUUGAAUGAAAACUGCAUAAUGUUUAUUUUUUUCGAGUGCAAUUUAACUUAAAAGUGAUCCCAAAACACACACAGAAACAGAUAAAUAAAAGAAGCAGAACCCCGUGGGAGAGUGUGAAAGAGGUGUGUGCGUGUCUGUCUGCCUGUGUGUACGUGUGUUUGCGUGCAAGUGUGAGGAGGAGAAACAAAGUGACGUUUACAGCUAUAAAAAAAAAUUCGGCCCUCCGUUUCGGUCUCUGUCUAAAUUUUGUGUGUGAAAUAAGAGCAAAAAACCGUCUUAAUGGGAAAGGCAUCUGUAGUCUGGAGUUAAUUCGUCUGCCGAUUCCCAUGGCAUUUGCAGGCAGCAUUUCCGAUUCCUAAAUUUGUUGCUGCUGCUGCUUGCUGGUUGUGAACGGCGCGACAGUGACAGCGAUAACAACAAAAGAAGACCAGGCAACCCACCCUCCUCCAUCCAUCCCCCUCGUGCAAUCAUUCACAUUAGUGGAAAUUAGCAAAAAGGGGAAGCGAGAAGGAUAGUGAGAGACGUUGACGAGAGACGUAGCCGCAUCGCAACCAGAAGAAUUCGAGCAUCAUGUGUCUAUGCUGUUAGAUCAAAGGAUCAGGAAUCCCAGGAACCCAGGAUUAUCAACUGAAAGGUCAUACACGAUCCAGAGAUACAAAUCUCUCGCACUCUCACUCUCUCUGUGUCUGUCGCUGACUGUCUCUGUGCCUUGCUUUGACUAGUCGACGAGCAGGUCGCUGUUGUCGUUGCCGUAGCCGUUGCCGUUGCCGUCAGCACCGCUAUGACCCUGACAGCCACGACAAUUGCCUCAACACCGGAGAGCCAAACGAAAAUGGAUGUGAAGGGCACUGGCAGCAGCAGCAGCAGCACUCUACCACCCACAGCCGAUGAGAAUCUGCCCACAUCUGAAAUGGAUCUGCUGGCCAAACUGGAGGCAGCCAAUAAGCUGAUCGAGAGCGAUGCCAAGUCCCUCAAUUCGUUGCACUCCACGCACAGUCGCAAGAAUUCGGACACGAGCCAGAUUAGUCUCACAUCGAGCGGCAAUUCCGUGGCCGAGGAGGACAUCUGGACAACGUGGGCCACCAUUCUAAACGACUGGGAUGGGGCGCUAAAGCGCAAGAAUCCGUGCGUGCGGGAGCUGGUGCGCCGCGGGAUACCGCAUCACUUCCGGGCGAUUGUGUGGCAACAGUUGAGCACAGCGGCGGAGGCGGACAAGAAGCAGUACGCGGAGUACAUCAAGGCGACGAGCGCCUGCGAGAAGGUGAUACGUCGCGACAUUGCACGCACCUAUCCGGAGGUGGAUUUCUUCAAGGAGAAGGACGGGCCCGGCCAGGAGGCCCUGUUCAAUGUGAUCAAGGCGUAUUCGCUGCACGAUCGCGAGGUUGGCUAUUGCCAGGGCUCCGGCUUCAUUGUCGGCCUGCUGCUCAUGCAAAUGCCCGAGGAGGAGGCAUUCGCGGUGCUCGUGCAGAUCAUGCAACAGCAUCGCAUGCGGCACAUGUUCAAGCCAUCGAUGUCCGAGCUGGGGCUGUGCAUGUACCAGCUGGAGAAUCUCGUGCAGGAGCAGAUACCCGACAUGCACAUACACUUCCAGCAGCAGGGCUUCCAGACAACGAUGUACGCCUCCAGUUGGUUCCUCACCCUCUACACGACCACGCUGAAUGUGAAUCUCAGCUGCCGCAUCAUGGACGUCUUCCUCAGCGAGGGCAUGGAGUUUAUCUUCAAGGUGGCACUGGCCCUGCUGCUCACCGGCAAGGAGACGCUCCUCUGCCUGGACAUGGAGGCCAUGCUGAAGUUCUUCCAGAAGGAGCUGCCCGGCCGUGUGGAGGCCGAUGUGGAGGGUUUCUUCAAUCUCGCCUACGCCCAGAAGCUGAACACAAAGCGCAUGAAGAAGAUGGAGAAAGAGUAUCAAGACUUGAAGAAAAAAGAGCAGGAGGAGAUGGUCGAAUUGCGACGGCUGCGUCGCGAGAAUUGUCUGCUGAAGCAGCGCAAUGAUUUGCUUGAGGCGGAGAGUGCAGAGCUGGCCGAUCGCCUGGUGCGCGGUCAGGUCUCACGUGCCGAAGAGGAGGAAACAAGCUAUGCCAUUCAAACGGAACUGAUGCAGCUGAGACGCUCCUAUCUGGAGGUCUCCCAUCAGCUGGAGAAUGCCAAUGAGGAGGUGCGCGGUCUCAGUCUACGGCUGCAGGAGAAUAAUGUAUCCAUCGACAGCAACAACUCUCGCCAGUCGUCCAUCGAUGAGCUGUGCAUGAAGGAGGAGGCACUGAAGCAGCGCGACGAGAUGGUCUCCUGUCUGCUGGAGGAGCUGGUGAAGGUGCGUCAGGGUCUGGCCGAGAGCGAGGAUCAGAUCAGGAAUCUGAAGUCAAAGGUCGAGGAGCUGGAGGAGGACAAAAAGACGCUGCGCGAAACAACGCCGGACAAUUCGGUGGCGCAUCUGCAGGACGAGCUGAUUGCCAGCAAGUUGCGCGAGGCAGAGGCCUCGCUCUCCCUCAAGGAUCUCAAGCAGCGGGUGCAGGAGCUCAGCUCGCAGUGGCAGCGCCAGCUGGCCGAAAAUCAGCGCAGCGAGAGCGAGCGCAACACCCAAGCGCUGGACUCGACGCCCAAGAAGCUGUUGACCAACUUCUUUGAGGGCUCCAAGUCCAGCGAGCUAACGCAAAAGCUCGAGGAGGAGCUGAUGACCACACGGAUACGGGAAAUGGAAACGCUCACUGAGCUGAAGGAGCUGCGCCUCAAAGUCAUGGAGCUGGAGACUCAAGUGCAGGUGUCCACCAAUCAAUUGCGACGCCAGGACGAAGAGCAAAAGAAGCUCAAAGAAGAGCUCGAGAUGGCCGUUACCCGGGAGAAGGAUAUGGCCAAUAAGGCGCGCGAACAGCAGCACAGAUACUCUGAUCUGGAAUCUCGUAUGAAGGAUGAGCUGAUGAAUGUGAAGAUCAAAUUCACAGAACAGAGCCAAACGGUGGCCGAACUGAAACAGGAAAUAUCCCGACUGGAGACCAAGAACUCGGAAAUGCUGGCCGAGGGCGAACUGCGUGCCAAUUUGGAUGAAUCGGAUAAGGUGCGCGACCUGCAGGACAGGCUGGCCGACAUGAAGGCGGAGUUGACGGCGGUGAAGAGUCGCGGCAAGUUUCCGGGCACAAAGCUGCGCAGUGCAUCGAUACAGUCGAUUGAAUCGACAGAGAUGGACUUUAGCGAACUCAAUAUGAUGCGGCGUGGUAGCACAGAGCUGUCGACAUAACAAAAACAACAACAAAUCCGCCGCACGACAACAACAUUCACAACAGCAGCCACAAGAGGGCAAGGAAAUAUCAGGGGCAGUACAGGAUACACGGCUCCCACAGGCAUAUACAUCGUCUGCUGUUAUAUGCAUUGAGAGAAAGGAAGCGAAGCACAAGCCGAUCUACAAUAUAUAUAACAAUAUAUAUAUACAUAUAUACAUAUAUAUACUAUAUAUAUUAUACACAUGCCUGUGAUCACAAAGCAGCAGCGGAAGCGGAGCAGCAUCGGGCAAUAUAGUGGAAAUAGUGGUUAAGAUUACAGAUUGAUCAGAGAAAGAAACAGAGAGAGAGAGAGAGAGAGAGUAACAUCAAAAAAUAGUUGGAAUCAAAACCACAAAUAUUAUUUAUGUAUAAUAUUCGUUUAAAUUUUAUGAUGAUAAGAAUACCUACCAUAUUAUGAUUAUUUUUAAAUC